AUGGCCCGGCUGCCCGGCCGCGAGCCGGCGCGCGGCGCCGAGGGAGAGGAGCCGGCGGCGGCGGCGGCGGCGGCGGCCGCGUGCGGGGCGCCGGAGCCGUGCGGCACGCCGGCGCCGCCGGGCCCCGCCGUGCCUCCGCCGUGGCCGCCGGCCCUGGUGGCCCUGCGCGCCGACUGGGCGACGGCGGCGGCCGCCUGGGGCGCCGCCUGGGACGCCCACGUCUACGGGGCCGGCUGCCUGUUCGGGCUGCUGGCGCUGCUGGCGCUGGCGGCGCUGGCGGUGCUGCCGCGCGCCCGCCCGCCCGCCGCCGGGCUGCUGGCGCCGCUGGCGGGGCUGCUGGCCGCCGCCGGGGCCGCCCGCGCCUUCCCGCUCUUCUACGACGCCUACGAGCGCCGGGGCCGGCUGCCGCCCGCCGCCGCGCGCCUCCUCUUCGAGCUGCCCUUCCCCUGCCUCGCCUGGGCGCUGGCGCUGGCGCUGGAGCCGCCGGGCGCCGGGACCCCCGGCGAGGCGCCCGGCGCCGACGGGGACCCCACGGCCGGCUUCCGCCCGCCCUCGCCCAUCGACCUGCGGCGCAGCAUCGACGAGGCGCUCUUCGGCGAGGCCCCCCGGCCCCGCGGCGCCGGCACGCCGGGGCUCGGCACUGCUGGCGCACCGGGGUUUGAUCGCGCCAGCGCACCGGGGCUCGGCACCGCCAACGCACUGGGACUCGGCACCGCGAGUGCUCCGGAGCCCAGCACUACCAAUGCACCAGGGCUCAGCACUGCCAGCACACCAGGAUCCGGCACCACCAAUGCACCAGCGCUCGGCACCACCAACGCACCCAGGCCCCACGACACCAGCACGCCAGGGCUCAGCACCACCAAUGCACCGGGGCUCAGCACCACCAAUGCACCCAUGCUCGGCACCGCCAACACACCCAGGCCCCACGCCGCCGGCACGCCAGGGCUCAGCGCCGCCAAUGCACCGGAGCUCAGCACCACCAAUGCACCCAGGCCCCACGCCACCAGCAUGCCAGGGCUCAGCACCGCCAAUGCACCGGGGCUCAGCACCGCCAAUGCACCGGAGCUCAGCACUGCCAAUGCACCCAGGCCCCACGCCGCCGGCACGCCAGGGCUCAGCGCCGCCAAUGCACCGGGGCUCAGCACCGCCAAUGCACCGGAGCUCAGCACCGCCAAUGCACCCAGGCCCCACGCCGCCGGCACGCCAGGGCUCAGCGCCGCCGAUGCACCCAGGCCCCACGCCACCAGCAUGCCAGGGCUCAGCACCGCCAAUGCACCGGGGCUCAGCACCGCCAACACACCCAGGCCCCACGCCGCCGGCACGCCAGGGCUCAGCACCACCAAUGCACCGGGGCUCAGCACCGCCAACACACCCAGGCCCCACGCCGCCGGCACGCCAGGGCUCAGCACCGCCAAUGCACCGGGGCUCAGCACCGCCAACACACCCAGGCCCCACGCCGCCGGCACGCCAGGGCUCGGCACCGCCAGCACGCCCGGGUCCAGCCCCACGCGCACGUCGGGGCUCGGCAGCGCCGCCGCGAUCCCAGCCCCGGAGCCGCCGGCGGCCCUGCAGCGCGCCGCCUCGUCCCGGCUGCCCGGCCGCGAGCCGGCGCGCGGCGCCGAGGGAGAGGAGCCGCGGCGGCGGCGGCGGCGGCGGCCGCGUGCGGGGCGCCGGAGCCGUGCGGCACGCCGGCGCCGCCGGGCCCCGCCGUGCCUCCGCCGUGGCCGCCGGCCCUGGUGGGCCCUGCGCGCCGACUGGGCGACGGCGGCGGCCGCCUGGGGCGCCGCCUGGGACGCCCACGUCUACGGGGCCGGCUGCCUGUUCGGGCUGCUGGCGCUGCUGGCGCUGGCGGCGCUGGCGGUGCUGCCGCGCGCCCGCCCGCCCGCCGCCGGGCUGCUGGCGCCGCUGGCGGGGCUGCUGGCCGCCGCCGGGGCCGCCCGCGCCUUCCGCUCUUCUACGACGCCUACGAGCGCCGGGGAGCCGCCGGGCGCCGGGACCCCCGGCGAGGCGCCCGGCGCCGACGGGGACCCCACGGCCGGCUUCCGCCCGCCCUCGCCCAUCGACCUGCGGCGCAGCAUCGACGAGGCGCUCUUCGGCGAGGCCCCCCGGCCCCGCGGCGCCGGCACGCGGGGCUCGGCACUGCUGGCGCACCGGGCGGCGGCGGCGGCGCCGCGCACGGUGCUGGUGCGGGGGCUGCCGCCCGCCGCCCGCUCCGCCGCCCUCGAGCAGCUCUUCGGCCGCUUCGGGCCGCUCCGCCGCUGCUUCGUCGUCACCGAGCGGGGCAGCGAGACCUGCCGCGGGUUCGGCUACGUCACCUUCUGCCUGCCCGAGGACGCGCGGCGAGCCCUCGGGGAGGCCACCACCUUCGGCGGCCGCAGGCUCAGCGUGACCGUGGCCAGGCAGAAGCUGAGGGAAGGGCAGAACAAGAGGAAGCGGCAGCAGGAGGAUGCGGCGGCGGCGGGUACCCCUAAGGCCGCUCCUGCAGCGAAGCAGGAGCUGAGGAAGCCCAAAGGUGCCUCCAAGAAGGCCAGGCUGAUCAUCCGCAACCUCAGCUUCAAGUGCUCUGAAGAUGACCUGAAGUCUGUGUUCUCUCCUUUUGGCACCGUUCUGGAGGUGAACAUCCCCAGGAAGCCAGAUGGGAAGAUGCGGGGAUUCGCCUUCGUGCAGUUCAGGAACAUGCUGGAAGCAGCCAAGGCGCUCAAGGGGAUGAACAUGACGAAGAUCAAAGAGCGGCUGGUAGCUGUGGACUGGGCUGUGGCCAAGGAUAAGUACCGCGCGACGCAGGGCUCCCUGCCUUCCGAGAACAAGGAGGAGAAAUCUGGAGGGAUCCAAGAGCAGGAUCCGGAGAAUGCCAGUGAAGAGGAGGAAGAAGAGGAAGAGGAGGAGGAGGAGGAAGAGGAAGCAGCUGGACAGAACAAGCCGUCCCUUUCCCAGGGGCAAGGCCGGGCUGGGAAGAUGACAGUGGCUGUGGAGAGCAGUGAGGAGGAAGAGCAGGAGGAGGAAGAUGAGGAAGAAGAGGAAGAAGAUGAUGAUGAAGCAGCCAGUGGGAGCAAGAAUGACAGUGACCAGGAGGGCUUGGAUGAUGAUGAGGAGGAGGAAGGUCCAGAAUCAGAGGCACCCAAGAAGAAGCGGAAGGGACAAAAGCCUCCCUCGGACGUGGGUGAAGGGAAGACUGUCUUUAUUAGGAAUCUGUCCUUUGAUACAGAGGAGGAAGCCCUGGGGGAGAUGCUGCAGCAGUUCGGAGACCUCAAGUACGUCCGCAUUGUCCUGCACCCUGACACAGAGCACUCCAAAGGUUGUGCCUUUGCCCAGUUCCUGACGCAGGAAGCAGCCCAGAAAUGCCUCCAGGCUGCCGAAGAGGACAGCGAGGAUGGGGGGCUGCGCCUGGAUGGGCGGCUGCUCCGUAUCGACCUGGCCGUGAGCCGCGAGGAGGCCCAGAAGCUCCGUGGGCAGAAGGCGAAGAAGCCCACGGGCACCCGCAACCUCUACCUGGCCCGCGAAGGCUUGAUCCGAGCUGGGACGAAGGCUGCAGAGGGAGUGAGCGAUGCAGAUAUGGCUAAGCGAGCACGGUUUGAAGAACUCAAGUACCAGAAGCUGAGGGACCAGAACAUCUUUGUGUCCCGCACGCGGCUCUGCGUGCACAACCUGCCCAAGGCCGUGGACAGCGCGCAGCUCCGGCGCCUGCUGCUGAAGGCUGCCGGCGGCGGCAAGAACGUGCGCAUCAAGGAGUGCCGGGUGAUGCGGGACCUGAAGGGGCAGGGGCAGUCGCUGGGCUAUGCCUUCGUGGAGUUCGCGGAGCAUGAGCAGGCCCUGGCCGCCCUGCGACACACCAACAACAACCCCCAGCUCUUCGGGCCCCAGAAGAGACCCAUCGUGGAGUUCUCGCUGGAGGACCGCCGGAAGCUGAAGAUGAAGGAGCAGCGAGCUCAGCGCAGCCUGCUCAAGCUGAAACCGAAGCUAGUGGAGAAGGGACCAGCUGCUGCUGGGACGUCUGAGCCGGAAGGACCACAGAAGAAGUACCAGGGGAAGAAGAAAAACAGCUCGAAGGGGCCCAAGGGCUCCCAAGGUCCUGGGAAGCAAGCAGAGCCAGGACCUAAGGGCCAAAAGGGGCAGGAGAAGCCUGGGGGACAGGAGGCUGCCCCGGCCCCCCCGGGAGGCCUCCCCACGGUGCCCUGGGCUGGCUUCCGCACGGAGGCACAGGUAGAGCGGAUGGAGCUGCCUGAUGGCACCAAGCGGAGGAAGGUGCUGGUGAUGCCAUCACACCGCGGGCCCAAGAUCAGGAAGCGUGACAAGGGGAAGGUGAAGCCAGUUCCCUCCAAGCAGCCCAAGGGCAAAGCACAGCGGCGGAAGGAGAAGCGCAACGUGGCCCCCACGCAGGCCGCCCCAAAGCGCCCAGCGGGCAGCAAGGCCGAGGCCCGUUUCAGCCAGCUCGUGGAGCAGUACAAGAGGAAGAUCCUGGGCAGCUCCGACAGUGCCCCCACAGCCAAGAGGAGCAAGUGGUUUGAGAGCUGAUCCUGCCCGGCACAGCGGGAGGGGGCCGUGUCCUCAGCACCUCACCCGGCACAGCCGGGGGCCUGCGGCCCGUGGGGUCCGCGCCCUCGGCCUCUGCUCGGGUGCAGCUGGGGGAUGCGCACCGUGGGGCGAGCAGGAUCUGCGCCCUUGGCACACAGUCUGCCCCUGGUGUGGGGCAAAGUGGACAUUUCUUCUUCUUUUAAUAACUUUUUGUAUCUGCUUCCAAGAAACUUCCCCCUCAGUAAUGGAAGAACUAGGCAUCUCCCCUUGUGCUGGGCUGGGGAAACGGAGGGGCAGCACUCUUGCACCUCACUGCACUCCCAGCUGAGUGCUAGGCAGGGGCAAAGGCCUUGAGCACCAACAGAGUUUCUGGGGGCUGCUCAGACCCCUCCUGGGCUGCCAAGACCGGUAUCUGUGCCAAGACAUGACCUGCACCCCAGCAUCUCUGUCCUGCUUUGAGAAAAGGGCCAAGUUCUCCAGCUACUGCUUCCCUCCCUCCAGCACCCCUACGUCUGGCUGGUCACCCUCGCUCACCCGGGCUCUGUGGGUGCCCCCCUCCCUUCUCCUGCCCAUCCUUGCACUAGGUUUUAGCCCUGGUGCAGGGGCCUCGCAUCCUUGGGGACCCUGGGAGGGAAUAGCCUCUUUCCCCGAUGAUGGAGGAGGCUGCAGCAGCCCUCAGCACCUGUCUCUGGGGCCCUGAUGCCGCGUCACUGACAAAGGUUUUUACUGUAAAGGAAUAGGAAUAUAUUUUAAUAAAUAGCCUCUUGGAAUGAG